AAAUAUUUUUUUUUCUGCUCUCAUUUUCAACUCCUCCUCUUCCUGCUCGUCGUCCUCCGCCUCCCCUUCUUCUUCGAUCUCUCCUCCCAUUUCAAAGCUCAGGGGAGAGUAGACGGCGGAAGCCCCCGGCUUUGCGCGUCCGCGGCAUGCGGAGCUAGCCGCGCGGGGGACCCACGCCAUGCAGAGCGGUUCCGCAUCGCCGGGGAAGGCGCCUGUCCCGCCGGAGGACCUGCCGCCGCCGGCGGCGGCGGGGAAGGAGGCUAUGGCGGAGGCUCGCGGGGAGGAGGUGAAGGAGGAUGGGGCGAAGACGGAUGCGGAGAGGGGAGGAGCGCGGCCGCGGGGGCGGCCGCGAGGGCGGCCGCGGCGGCAGCGGCCCGCCGCGGAGGAGAGCGAGAGCGGGGUGGUGAAGGUGAAGAAGGAGAAUCUCGCGCCCCGCAUCACGUGCCCGCUCUGCCAACGCUACCUCCGCGAGGCCACCACCAUCUGCGAGUGCCUCCAUACAUUUUGUAGAAAGUGUAUCUACAAGAAGCUGGCUGUCGAGGAGUUGAACCACUGUCCAGUGUGUAAAAUUGAUCUUGGCUGCGCUCCAGCCGAGAAGCUUAGAGCUGACCACAAUUUACAAGCCUUGAGGUCGAAACUUAUUCCAGUCAAAGGAAAGAAGAUUAAUGCUGAAGUUGAAUCUCCUGUUACAGCGCCUGUUAAAAUUAAAGAGAGAUCUAUCUCAUCAUUGGUGGUUGAUCCACCUCGAUUAACGACGAGUUUGACUGGGCGCCGAACAAGAGCAGUUACCAGGAAGGCUGCUGCCGCAUUGCGCGGCCUUGGUCCGAUCCUUGAUCCUGUGGGAAAGGAUAAUGAUAACACCAAUAAGCAUGCUGAUAAUAUAAGCUUGCUAGAUAGUUUGAGCAAAGUACCCCAAACAAGAAGAAAGGCGUCACAGGCAGAAACAUCAAGCCACCACUCUAGUAAAGAUAAAGCAGAUCAUGGUAAGGACUUAGAUAAGGCAGAGCUCUGGAAACCUUUAAAUUGUCUUGUAGAUGCUGCAAGCAAAACAAAGUCCUUCAGGUCAAGUCCACAAAGUUCGGCUGUCAAGGGAGCUCCGUCCAAUGAAUCUCCUAGUAAUGGACAUGUUAGCAGAGAGAAGUCUGGGGAGCAUCUGAGGAAGUCCAUAUUUCAAGGUGACAAGAAAGAUACUCCUCUGUCAGAAAUGAUGCUUAAAAGGAAAGGGCCAGGCCGGGGGAGGCCUGCAACUUCUGUUGCUGCAACCACCCAGAAGGUCCCGGACGUUAGGGCAUUAAACUCCAUAUGGUUCUCAUUGAUCGCCUCAUUUGAACAGAAAGGCUUUCCGCAAUUGGCACAGAUACCUACUCACUAUUUGAGAAUAAAUGAUGGAAGUAUACCCGCAUCAUCCAUCCAAAGGUACAUUAUGCAGAAGCUCAGUCUUCAAAGUGAGUCUGAGGUUGAACUGACCUGCUGUGGGCAGUCAGUGAACCCUGCACAGCCUGUGCGCAAUCUCAUAGAACGGUGGCUGAGGUUUGGCCCAUCGCGGCCUCUGCAGACGGUGGUAGGCUCCUCCGGGGGAGAAUAUGUGAUGGUGAUAUCGUACGGGCGGCCAAAGUGAAUGCACCAUACAUUGCGCCUGACAAUCUCCUGAUUCAUCACAAGGUUGCACCUAGCCUAGCCCUGGGAAGAGGUCGACCAUGGAAGUUAUAAACGAUUCUCCCCGGUCGACAUAUAGUCGAAAGAAUGUGGCUGGCUCGAUCUGCAGCCAGCCCACCGUGUCGUAUCCAUAAUGCUGCUGGAUGUUGUUCAAUUCGUUCGUUUUAUUCCCCUAUACAGAUGGAAUUCGUUGUAAUUUGGAGGUGGUUGAAACCGAGUGACGUUUAGACCGGCUGAAGAGAUGAUGUUUCUUUCAACCCUUGUUUACGAGGAGUGCUACUGAGUAGCUACAGUUGAGUUGCUUCUACAGUUAUAUCCUGAGAUUGAAUUUCUUGUAGCAUC